CGAUGCUACUUCCCCGCGAAUUGAUGCUUUAGUAUACAAUUAUUAGCAACAUACAAUAACUAUCCCAUUUCAAAUUUAAUAUAAGUACACCUUGAUGUCGGAGGGCAAAUUAGCAAAAUGAACGUAGCCCACAAGGCCAAGAAGGCGAGGAAAGUUGGUUUUCAUACUAGACCGACCACGGGGUUGCGUGGGCGUUGGGAGGAUGAUGGCAAAAAGGCGAAUAUGCAGCUUUCCACAUACAGAAAACAUGAAGAGGCUCAUAUAGACCCUAGUCAAAAGGACCAUGACGAAAGAGAGAGCGACAAACCUAGUACCCCAAGCGAUAGCGACACUAACCACGAGGAAAAUCUCAAGAAAACUUCCACGGAACAUCGAGUUCCCGACAUCGGCGAGUUCCUCUCAGAACGGAAUGUUAGCGGCGUUGUGGACCCUCGUCAUAGGAAUGAUGUUACAGUUCAUCUCAAGAUGCCCGCACACGAAGACCUUGAUGAGGUUUUCGAGGAGUUUUAUCGCCUACAAAGGUUAGGGAACUUCACCAGUGCGAAACAGUUCUUUGAAGAAAACCUAAGAGAGUACCUAACAAGGCCUUCAAUACUUAUUGGGUACGCAGAAAUGCUGCUCGAACAAGGAGAUUAUGGAGCCCUAUCGAAAAUCGAUGAUAAUAUGAUGCGCAGCGCAUGUAGCAGCCUCGUCGACAUGGGAGACAGAUUGAUGUUGACAAUUUAUUGGGACCUACUUAAGGUUCUUGUAGCUCAUUAUAAGCCCGGGGGACUUGGAGCGUUCCUGAUAAAAUCUGGCCUAGUUGAUCAAGCACUUAGCCAUCUCCGUGUCACGAUGAAUCUAGGUGGAGCGGGUGUUACUUCUACCGAGGUCAAAAUGCUUGCUCUACUCUACCACUUGGGUACGUUUGUUGACGACAGAAUUUACGAACGUCUCGAUGAACUAUUUCCCUUGGAAUACCACAGAGCAUUAUAUACCCACUUCAUUGGACAGGGUCGAAUAUGGGAUCUUCGUGACAUUUCCGUAGCUAGAACAGCUUGCGGAAUUGACGUAACCCAGGAUUGGAGCGAAGAUCUGAGCUUCCGGAAACGUACUCAAACCCUUAUAGAAAAUUGGGUUGAUGUAGACGGCGGUACGUCGACAACUCUUGCGCUUCUUGAUAUUCUCGUAUUUCUCGCCCUGCACGAGCUCAAAAACCCCGAAAGGGAUUGUAAUCGAGUCGGAUAUUUCCUAGAAAAAGCUCAGUCAUUUGCACUUUCUAUUGUUCAAACAGAUCCUGCUUGUAUGGAAAGCCGACCUUUUGCAAGAUGGAUGUUAGCGAAGGCCCAAUUCACCAAUGACAUACGCUCCCACGGUGGCCCCUCCCGUGAAAGGCCCUUUAGAUCAUCACCGGGCGUCGUAUUUACUUGGACAGAUUCUCAAUUACCCCAAUAUAUUCCCUCGAAGGGCGAGAAUCCGGGCUGGGAUCUGAAUAAUCCGAUAUCCGAGUUUGAGCGAUCCAUCAAAAUGGCACUUAAAAUUUCGAGGUCCCUGAACGACUAUCAGACCGAAGCCAUGGCUCUGCAAAAACUCAUCAUGUUAUCGGCUAACCCAAAGAAAGAAUUCGAAGAACUAUGCAAACUGCAGAAAUGGACCCAAGAGGAUACGUAUGGCUAUGCGGACACACUAAUAUCAAAGUACCUAAUAAGUGGAACGGACGAAUCGAAAAGCGCGCUGAAAUCGGAGAUCUAUGGGCUUUUCACCAUCCCAGACUUUCCUGAGUGCCUAUCCAAGUUGAAAUCUUGGAUGCUGAAUAGGUUGCAAUACUCUUUAGAAGACGAAGGGCCCGCGGCCGAACGAGCUUUACAGGAAUCUCACAAGGACUAUCAACACCUCGACCAAGUAUAUCGGCAAAUGAUUGAUGAAAAAUUAUUAGGGGCUAGACCGCUUUCCAGCCGGACCGACUAUGGCUUACGGCAUAACCAACCCAAUGUACAAGGAACACAACACAAGCCGGUUCAAAAUGAAAGAGAUAAAAUACCCGUUAUGGAGAGAAAUACCACAACCGCGAAGUCAAAUGAAAGUACAGAGCGUCCAACUCCUGAACCGCGGAAGGGCAUUAAUCGUACUAGAGCGCUCAGAAUCAAUCGUAAUGCACGCUCCGGGAAAACCCCGCCCUAUGAAGAGGAUGUUUUGACAAUGUCUGACAACUCUCAAGAUUAUGAAACCAUCACAUCUGACAGCUCGCUAGCCACGGAUGAAAGAUGGCCGGGGAAUUUGGAUCGACCCUUAGGUAAAGAAUUAAUCGCAAAGGAGCGAUAUCCCGAAAUAGCUGGCGAUAGCAUGUCAAUAAAGAAGUCUGUGGAGCAAGCGAAUAUUGCGCCCAGUAACAAAGUUGGGUAUGAUACUGAGAGUGAGAGCGAUGUUCCCCCACCUCGUGCUAUGAGCGUGGCGGCUUCUAGUACUUUGGUGCCUAGUAUUAUAAAGCCUGUGGAGGAAGAUUCUGGCGACAGCAAAAACAAGGACGAACGGAUAGCGGGCGAAGAGGAAAAUGCUAAGAAGCUCGAAAUGGAGUCGAUGACUGGGGAGGAAAAAGAAAAACCACCACAAGAUUAGAAGCACUGACCUAAGCCACUCAAGUUCUAGCACAGCCACGUUCAAGGGAAUCAAGUGGCACAGUAGAAUUUAGCUUCUUUACUGUGAUAUCCUAGCGUCUUAGCGCUAGAAUUCGCCUGCCUAAACUCUAAACUCAGCCCCAACAGGGAAGGUAUGAAGUAAUAGCCAUACUGUACUGUACUCGUCGCAUGACUUACUCGUCG